AUGGAUAAAGCUUUAGAACAAGCUUUGGACCAUGCGGAGGGUGUCAUUGAAAGUGCCCAACAGAGACCUCCUAAAAGGAAGCACUCGUCUAGUGGGGAACAAUCUCUCCACGAGAAACUAUAUGACAUAUACGUGGAAGAGUGUGGGAAAGAGUCCGAGGUUACAGAGGAAUUGACAAGCAAUGUGAACUUGUUAGAGAAGCUUGUUAGCAGGGAGCCCUUGCCCUGUUUGGUGGUCAACCUAUACCCAGGCCAGAAGGGUUACUCACUGAUGAUCAAGGGACUAGAUGAAGAAUAUUCAGAGACUAUUCGGCUGCCUUAUGAAGAAAAGGAAUUUCUUGAAUACUUGGAUGCAGAAGAAUUGCCUCCUAUUUUGAUGGAUCUCCUGGAACAGUCUCAGGUUAACCUUUUUCACCGUGGGUGUGUCAUAGCAGAGAUACGGGACUAUAGGCAGUGCAGUCAUGGGGAACCCCCUGGUUACCAAAGCAGGCAUAUCCUCCUACGCCCAACCAUGCAGACGUUAGCCUGCGAUGUACAUUCCAUAACCAGCGAUCACCAGGAAUGGACCCAGGAAGACAAACUUUUACUUGAGAGCCAGCUGAUCUUAGCCACAGCUGAACCCCUGUGCCUUGAUCCUUCUGUAUCUGUAGCCUGCACUGAAAACAGGCUGCUCUAUCACAAGCAAAAGAUGAACACUGUGGCAAUGCGGAGGAACUUCCAGAGGUAUUCUACCGCCUCCCUGAACCGGCGGCAGCGGGAGCUGUCUUGUGGGCCACCCCCUCCUGAGCUAAGGGCACAGGCUCCUGACCAAAAACGCAAAGAAAAUCAAGCAGGUCAGCAGUCUGACCUCCCAAUUUCCAAGCCGGGAGAUUGUGUAGAUAUGUGGAAAGAGCAACCCUGUGCCUUGGAGGUCCCUUCUGCAUUGGAUGUGGAGAAAUGGACUGAAGAGGAGAGGCUGGUCAUACAUGACUUACAAUCAACAGUCUGGCCAGCCCAGGAGGUAAAAGAGAGUUCUCUGUUUGGAGGUCAAGCUGGCGAUCAGUCCCAGACAACAAAUCUGACUUCCAUGCAGUCUCUUAAUGAUCUAUUUAUCUCUGGACCAAGACAGCCAAGCAAAGCAGCCAGAAGUGACAGACAGAUGUCUCCUUGCCACUCCUUCGCAGAUGAGCAUUUCAGUACUUUCAUGCCUGGAUCCAAGACUAAUGCUGGAAAGGCAGCCGGUCAGCCCGAGGAAUCAGUGCAGAAGAGUGUCAAAUAUCCAGUCUCAGUGUCCCUGGGCUGCAGUGGCUCAGCCAGUCUCAGCCAACUUUCUCCAGGGAAAGAAGCAAAACAGCCUCUGGCUCUGUCCGCUCCGUCUUCAGUGCUGGGGAAGGGAGUCCAGCAGCCACCUCCACCCAUCAGUCUUUUCUCCAGCUCAGGAAACAGUUCCUCAGGCAACAGUUUUAUUGCACAGAAGGCAAGCAGCGUUUAUGCGUGUCCGUCUCCUGCUUGGUUGCCACCAAGUCUUCCCCAGAAACCGUCUGUGGAAGUGAACCGAGCUAGCAGCCUUCCAGCGGCCACCCAGCCCACCGCCGGCUCCUCACAAACAAGCCCGGCCAGCCAGAUCCCAGCCGAGUCUGCUGGCCCCAAGGUCAUCCACCUGGUGGGUCCGGUCCGGGUAGUGCGCACUGUGGUGAGUGGUUCCAACCCUGUGCAGGGCUCUGCCCCUGGGGUCAGGGCUCCUGCAGGAGCCAAGCCCCGAAGCCUGCCCCCCGGAGGCCAGCCGCCAAAUGCAGGGCCGACUGCACCGCAGGCUCCCACUCAAGGAGGUGUUCAGUGUACCUUAGAAAGCUUUGCAAAUCUCAAGCCCGUGGGUCUACUGUGGGUCCCACAAGACUUGGACAUUUCAAAGGGCCAACAGCCUCAGCAGCUGCUUUGUCAGUUGUUUCCAGAGCCACAGCCUCAGCUGCUCCCUGCUCCUGGUCCCCAGCAGCCAGUGUUUCAGGGUUUCAAUGCACAAGGUCCAAGUGCACAAAGUUCCACCAGUCAACAAGCAGCCUUAUUAUCUGCUCAGCAAGCUGCCAUCUUUCACUUCAAUGGAGUAGGAAGUGUUCUGCCACCCGGGGUAGCUGUGCUGUCUCCGCCUGGUUCUGCCCAGACAAGACCUGGGCCAAGCCCUGCCCAGCAGAGGUUCCAGCUCCCCUGUGCCGUCAGGCAGCAGCAGCUGCAGCCCAGGCUGCUGUCGCCACCGCUGCCGCAGCUGCCGCAGCCACCGGUGCCACCGCCACCACUGCCGCAGCAGCCGCGACCCCGGCUGCCGCCGCCACCGCCGCCACGUCUGCCGCGGCCCCGGCUGCUGCAGCCACCUGUGCCCCGGCUGCCACGGCCCCGGCUGCUGCCGUCACCGCUGCCACGGCCGCAGCGGACCCAGGUGCUGAAGCUGCAGCCGCCACCACCGCCGCCGCAGCAGAUACAGGUGUGCAAACUUUAUAUAGAAGCAUAA